AUGCAACCACCACUUGAUAUACCUACACGGUCGCGUCGCCCAUCCUCCUACAUAUCUCAACAUUUUGGUGAACCUCAUUUAUUAGUAGGCUCACCUGAGCCUCUCGGCAGCAAUCCAUUCGACCACUUGCAUGUGCCAAAUGAGGGUUCCGAUCUUGGCCUGCCUGCAACGCCCAUCUCAAGUAGCCAUGGCUUCGUAUCAUCUCUGCCUCGCAAAAGAUCUACCACUGCACAACCCAGCUCUUCAUAUACGUCCUUUACGCGUCCCAUCUCAAAUGAGCGUGAGCGACACCCGGAGCAGCAAUGGUCGCUAUUUGGCCAACUGAUGGAAAAUGAGGGUUAUCUCAGCCCCAAAGCCCCGUCAACCAUCCGAGGGCGAAGGGAUUCUGGUAGUGACUACUUUGGUCUGGAAACUACCAGCGCUGUAUCUGGGCUCUCCCCUCGGUUACGUGGUAUUCGUCAACAUACAAACUCUGUCAAAACUGUUUCACCCAUAAGAAGCUCAAUCUACAACGAAGCAGGAGCCGAAGAAUAUGACUCUGAAGAUCAUUCUUCUGUCGUGUCUACUUUCCACUCCCCUGACAAUUCCCAAAAACCAUGGCAUGGCUACUUUUCUUUGGGCCGACUGUCCCCGUCUUUGAUAUCCCAGAAUGUUUUGAAAUGUGCAAUUGCAUAUUUCGUUGGGUCACUAAUAAUCAAGGAAGGUGGCCUGGAGACACUGCUACAAGUGUCAGGCAUCAUUUUAUGUGGUUCUAGCAUCGCAAAUUUCGUUUGCUUCCUUAUUUGGCCUCAGUCUGCUAUCAUAAAUCUCCAACUCAGCAUGGUCAAAACUCUGGAAUCGUUUUCAACGCUUUUACCGAUGCUCACAAGCAUCUUCUUGUUGGAGAAUGACUCUGAUGAACAUGCACAGGACUUGCAUAAGAUUCAAAAGGCAGUCGAAAAUCACCAAAGCAGUUUCACGAGCCUUCGGAAAAAUCUUCGGGAAGCUAAGAGCGAGUGGAUCCUAACUGGCACCUUGGCAAAUGGCGAUGGUGUGGUUGAAGAGGAUGGUUCGUACCGUAACAUUUCUGGUCAACGGUCAUACGAGGAUGCGGUAGAUUCUCUGAACCGUCUGGCCCAACACUUAAAUGGAUUACGCAGUGGCACGCGCCUUCAAUACGAUCUUUCCAAAGCGGGUAUCAAAGCCCGCACUGACAGGGCCGGAAAAAGCAAAGCUGCUGAACCCAAUGCAGAUGAAGACGAAGCGGCAAUCUUGAGGGCUGCUGCUGAUAUGUUUGGCGACCUCGUCGACGAAUUAGGCCCGCCUCUAAAAGCAUUAUCAUCAACCUCCACCAACACCCUCAAUAGAUUGAAGGACGUAUGCUUGGAAUCUCGUCAAGAUAAAAAAGGACACAUAGAUAUCAUUCAACCUCAUGAAUUUUCUGAUCUUGUGGAUGGAAUCGAAGCAGCUUUGAUUCGGUUCGAAAGCACUUCUAAUCACGCCGUUUUGAGGCUGUAUCGACGAAGCGAUAAUCCGUUGUUGCCGAACUCGCCAUCUAGUCCUAUUUUUGGUCAAGAUACUUCACACACGUCAUCUGGAGAUGUUAAUAACGAAAAUGUCUUCCUCGUUUACUUCUUUAUUUUCACUUUGCAAGAGUUUGCUAAAGAAUUGAUAGCACUCGUUGAUCCCAUUGAACGAAUAUACUGUUACGAGCAACAAAUGCUGCGCAGAGGUCCUUGGUGGUAUAGGCUAAUGACUUGGGUGCAAGGCAUCUUCUCAUCAACACUGAACUUCAGAAAGAGUCUGGCAUACAUGAUACCACGCUACCGAGCUACCCACCCUGCCUUUCCGAAAAUCAAACCUCACGCACCAGAUACGAUCCAAACCCCACCCCGUCAUCAGCUAUCAAUCAUAGGGAAAGUGAAUCAAUCGCUUUGGAGUUUCGGCAAAAGGCUUAAAGAAAGAGACACUAAAUACGCUAUAAAGGUGGGCAUGGCGACACUCAUUCUGGCUUUCCCUGCCUUUGUGGAGGAUACCCGUCCAACGUUUGUUGAGUAUUGGGGUGACUGGGCAUUGAUUUCCUUCUUCGUUGUUAUUUCCCCGACGAUUGGCGCUACAAACUACCUUAGCUUACAACGCUUCCUUGGUACUUUAUUUGGAGCUUCUGUUGCUGUAACACUUUAUACACUGCUACCAGAGGAUGGCGUAGCUUUAUCGAUCACAGGCUUUUUGUUUUCGUUGCCUUGCUUUUAUUUUGCGGUUUCAAAACCACAGUACCUUUCUGCUUCACGAUUCGUUCUUUUGACAUACAACCUUACAUGUCUUUACUGCUACAACCUAAGACAGAAAGAUGUAUCAGUGAUUGAUAUAGGGGUACAUCGCGCUUUGGCUGUUACAGUGGGCAUACUGUGGGCUGCGUUUGUGUCAAGGUUCUGGUGGCCAUCCGAAGCUCGGCGAGAAUUGAGUAAAUCUCUCAGCGAAUUUUGCCUUCAUAUUGGCUGGCUUUACACCCGACUGGUAGCAUCGAAUUCAUUUGCGCCUGAAUAUCGACAAGAAGGUUCAUCGCUCGAUCCCACCAGUCGAGCUAUGUCAAGACAUUCCAAUAAACUCCAGCCAACACGUUUGACCAACUCUAUACAUGAAUUUAUGGCAAUGGAAUUGCACCUCCAGAUCAAGCUCAUUGAACUGCAAACGCUACUCGCACAAGCCCAACAUGAGCCUCGGCUGAAGGGACCCUUUCCUGUGGAUUUGUAUCGCCAAAUUCUGACCAGUCUGCAAUCGAUCUUGGAUAAACUGCAUAGCAUGCGGUAUACGAGUGUUCGCCAAGAUUUUAUCGUCCCGGUGAACAAAGAACGACGAGAAAUGGUAGGCAAUAUAAUGCUCAGUUUCUCAACUCUUGCUGCGUCGUUCCGACUCAAGGCACCGCUGCCUCCUUAUCUGCCUCCUGUUGAAAAGUCAAGGCUACGAUUGACACCUCAGGUCGAGGCGAUUCGGAAACUGGAUGUUGUCAAAAACCGAGAUGCCAAGGUUUCGCGUCAACUGCUUUUCUUUGCAUAUGCUCUCACGAUGAAGGGAGUGACGAUGGAGCUUGAGUUUCUCGGUCGAACGCUGCAGGAUGCGUUUGGAGUGAUUGGACAGACAUCUGAAGAGUUUGAGCAGUUGUUCCUGCCUCUUGGAGAAAGCUCUGGGAACAUUGAGCAUGUAGCAUGA